AUGCGCGAGAAGGCUCUGGACUCCAACGACAGGAAGUCACAAGACGUUGCAAAUGGAGUCUUGUCUGCUAUUGUUCGCGGCGGUGGUGUUGAACAGGUUCUGAAUACCUGCGCGAUUCAGUACGACGAGAAGUUGCAUAUUACUAACGCCUGGGUCUUACCAAUUUUGCGAGACAAUAUCUGCGGUGCGCCUUUAAGUCUCUUCUCAAAUUCCUUCAUUCCAGUGAUUGACCAAUUGAAGGAGAAAAUCGUUGCCAGAGGCAAGGAAGGCAGAGUAAUAGAAAUGAAAAACCUGAGCAUUUACGUAUCUCAGUUGUGGGCGCUGCUCCCAGGAUUCUGCAACAAGCCGACGGAUCUUGGUCAUGACGGAGUGAUGACCUCUGCUUUCAAGUCAAUUCAUCUUUGUUUGUCCACAAAGGACGAGAUGUCCAUACAACAAGUUGCAGUUGCAGCGUUGCGGCAACUUGCGUUGUCUCUUCAGGGACUGAGCAGUGAGGAUCCCAUGACCACAGAGAAGAGGGAGUCUUUCGGAAGUCGUCUGAAGAAGCUCUUUCCGGCGAUUCUCGGUGCAGCCGAAACUACCUCCCAGGACAGACGAAGAAAUCUCCUUGAAGCGGUGACGACAUCUUGCCAAGCCACGAAGAACUCGGGGCUUGUCUCUGGGCUUCUCAGAAAGAGUAUCCGACGUUUGUUGGAGCUUCAACUUGGUUCGUCUCCCAAGAGCCCGGAUGCAAUGGUAGAUGAUGAAGACCAUGGAAUUCAACGACAUUAUGCCAUGGCUGAUAUUGCGAUAGCAGUGAUCGAAAGUGGUAAGGUUCCGCACGAUGCCGCCGAGUUGAACUAUCUUGAGAAGGCCAUGUCUCCGUUCCUCCUUGAUGCAAAGCAAUCAUCUAUGCAAAAGAAAGCCUAUCGGGCAAUGGCAUUGUUGGUUGGUGCGGGCUCGGGGUCUUCCGAAUCGGAAGAGUUACUCUCAGUCGCCAAGAGAGUAGCAGAAGCAGGCUCAAGAGUAGCACCGGGAGCGAAAGCAGUGCGGCAACACUUAUUAGUAGCAUACAUUAAUCAACAUGUGCGUUUAAUUGGAGACGAGAAGAAGGAAUAUCUGGCCACUCUAACUGAGCUGUUUUUGUCUGAGAUUGUGCUCGCUACAAGGGACACAUCCGAAAAGACGCGCUCCUCCGCGUUUGAGACUCUCAUUACGCUGGCUCGUGGGUGGAAUAGCGCUGGAACUGGAAAUGAUAUGACUGGUCUGCGCGAAUUUCUGGUGGCGGUUUCCGCGGGCUUAGGAGGAAGGACUGUAUCUAUGCUUUCCGCAACUCUUACAAGUUUGGGGCGCAUGAUUUACGAGUUUCGAGGGGAGGCAUCUGCGGAUGAUAAGCUUGCCAAUCAUGUUGAUUCUCUCUUUGGGUCAGCAGUUAAUAAUGGUGCAAACGUUGACAUGUCAGGGGGAGCCGUGGACCAGGACGAGGCAGUCCAGAGUGAGAGGGUACUUCCAGGUCCGAUAGCCAUCUUGCUUCGCCAUACUUCGUUUGAAGUUCAGAAGGCAGCCCUGGGCGUUGUGAAAAUCGCCACUAAAACCCUGUCAACGCCUGCAGAUCGACUAGUUCGUGUGUUGCCAGCCAUCUUACCAGGACUUGUUCACGUUGCGGCCCGUUCUAAGAAGCAAGAAACAAGACUUAGGGUGCGUGUGAUCUUGGAACGGCUGCUGCGAAAGUGCGGAAGAGAUGCUCUAGAAGAAAACUUUCCGCAAGACCAUCUGAAGCUGCUUUCGGCAGUCCGCAAAAAAUAUAGCCGUGAUGUAAUUAAGAAACAUGCUGCCAAAGAUAGAAAGCGACAGAUUGGCGAAUUCAGAAAUUUGAAGGAAGUGAAGGCUCAGGAAGGAAGCACAGAGAUUGAACACGACAGUUUCGGCAUCGAGGAUUCCGACUCCGAUAUUGAACGGGAAUUAAUUGACGGGGAUGACUUGAGGUCAUCACAGAGAAGCCGAGCAGGCGGGGAUCGCCGCAAGACCCUGCGUACAAAAGAAAGUAAGGAUAAAGUUUUGAAUUUACUCGACGAAAAGGAUGCUAGUGCUGUCCUCACAGGUGGUGGCUACAUGGAAACUGCUCAACAGGCACGAUCGGAGCAGAGGAACAGACGCUUCUCGAAGACUGAGGAUGCCACUGAAUACACCAGAGAUGGCAGGCCAAUUUUUGUCGAGAGCGAUGACGAAAGUGGAGAGGUGGGAGUCGGCAGUGCGAAUGAAGAUGGUGAGCCUGAUUCUGACGACGAGGCCAACGAGAAGCGGAAGCAAUCAUUUUCGAAGAGGAAACGACGCCAACCUGAAAACGAAAGCAAGAAUAGCAAGAGGCAGAAGGGUUCAUAUGGAGAUGAGUACAAGUCGAAGAAAGCAUCUGGAGAUGUCAAGAGAGCAGGUAGGCCGGAUCCGUAUGCGUAUAUUCCGUUGGGUAUGAACAUGUUGGGAGCGAAUCCUCGUUCGCGAUCGGCGGGAAAUCGAAAAGGGAAUCACGGGUCUAGUCUUCAAAGAUUGAACGCUGUGAAGAGAAAGCCAACAGGCAAUGUUGUCAGAUCUUCCGGCCGGCGGUAA